UUCAGCGUACCCGGCUGGAACGUCUCCGCGCCAAUUGCGGCUCAAGUGGAGCAAUCGAAACCCCAAGACCCGAACAAACUGGGCAAGAAAGCACAGAAACGGAAGAGGGCGCAGGAAGAGCAGCAGGUCAACACCGAAGACCUUGGAAAGCUAUGGGAGAAGGCGGAGGCACAGAAGGCGGAGGCACCGAAGGCGGAUGCACAGAGGGCGGAGGCGCCAAGAGAUUCAGAUCUGCCAGCACGAGCGCUGGAACGGGCGGCGCAGGACGACGCUGAGGCGGCAGCUGAAGGAGAGAAGAAAAGCAAGAAGAGGAAGCGCGGACCCAGAAAAAAUGCUGCGACGAAGGAGGCUGCUGCUGCGAAAGCCGCAGAAGCUGGCGCUACAGCAGAGGGAGCCGCUGCGCCGGUGACAGGGCCGAAACCUGCUGACCCAGAGUCCAAGCGGUCGAAGAAGAAGCAGAAGAAGGAACACAAGGCACAAAAAGCAGAGAAGGCAGAACUGACAGAGGAUGCUACCAGCAAACCCGUCGAAACCCCCGCUCUCAUGGACGCCGUCUCGCUCAUCCCCGAGCCCGCAGGCCUCACACCCCUUCAGAAGUCCAUGCGCAGCAAGCUCGCCAGCGCGCGCUUCCGCCACCUAAACGAAUCGCUCUACACCAAGCCGUCCGCCGACUCGCUCUCGCUCUUCACCGAAGAUCCGUCCAUGUUCGAAGACUACCACCGCGGCUUCGCGCAACAAGUCGAAGUCUGGCCGCAGAACCCUGUCGACGACUAUGUAGCAAGCAUCCUCGCACGCGGAUCUAUAAAGAUCGCCAAGGACCCAUGGAGAGCACAAAUGCGCGAGAAGAAGAAGAAAGGCGCCACUAUUGCAGCCGCCACCGAACCAGAAGAAGAAAACAACCACCCGAUCAUCCCAAGAGGAAACAACAAACCACUCCCCCGAACCCACGGUGCCAGAUGCCUAAUCGCCGAUCUAGGCUGCGGCGUAGCCUCGCUCUCCUACCGUCUGCAACCGCAUCUCUCCUCCCUCAACAUUGACAUCAAAUCCUUCGACCUGUCCCAACCCUCCGGCCCCUCAAAAUCCCUCGUGACAGUCGCCGACAUCUCUUCCUUACCACUGAAGGAGAACAGCACUGACAUUGCAAUCUUCUGCCUCGCGCUAAUGGGCACAAACUGGCUCGAUUUCAUCGACGAAGCCUACCGGAUCCUGCGGUGGAAAGGCGAGCUCUGGGUCGCAGAAAUCAAAAGUCGCUUUGGGCGGGUCGAGAAGAAGAAAGCUGUUCCCAUCAACAGUAUCGGCUCAUUGAACAAAGGCGCCAAACCACCGAAGAAGAAGGGGCCGAAGGAGAAGAAAAAGGACGAUGUAGAGGGAAUAGAGGAUAGCGCCGACGAAGCCGAACUUGCACAAACCGUCGACGGCGCAUCAGGCCCCGAAGGCACCGACGUAUCCGCCUUCGUCGACGUCCUACGCACCCGCGGGUUCGUGCUAGACGCGCUGCCCGAACGGCCCGGAGACGCGAUUGAUCUGAGCAACAAGAUGUUUGUGAAGCUGCAGUUUGUCAAGGGCGCGCAGCCGACCAAGGGCAAGAAUGCUGGGUCUGAGGGGACGAGUGCGGGCGCCAAGGGCAGCUUCAAGACGAGUAGUGCACUCAAGAUGGGGAUGAAGGGGAAGAAGUUCAAUGCGGUUAAGGAGGAAGAGGAUGAGCAGAGUGCAGCGAAGGAUGGGGCUGUUCUGAAGCCGUGUUUGUACAAGAUUAGGUGAAUGAUGCAUAGCAAAGCA